AUGCCCUACAUAUACGACUACGAUACGGUCAUGCGGGUAUUCGAGGGGAGCCUGAAACGGCUGAACUUAGACCACGUCGACAUUCUCCUGAUCCAUGACCCGGACAACCAUUUCGACCAGGCGAUGGAGGGGGCGUACAAAGCCCUUGCAGAAUUGCGUUCGCAGCGGGUGAUUUCGGCGAUAGGCGCCGGCAUGAACCAGUGGGAAAUGGAGGCCCGGCUGGCUCGCGAGGGAGAUUUCGAUUGCUUUCUUCUGGCGGGGCGGUACACCCUCCUCGACCAUGCGGCGCUCUCCGAAUUCCUGCCCCUUUGCCAGAGAAAAACAUCAGCGUAA